GCCUAUAUUCCACGCUGUUCUGAGGAGGGUUACUUUAAGCCAACCCAGUGUCAUGGCAAUACUGGACAGUGUUGGUGUGUGGACAAAUACGGCAACGAGAUCGCCGGCUCCAGAAAACAGGGCAACCCCACCUGUGGUAAGGCCCAUCAGUCAACACACACACACACACACACAAACACACACACACAACACACAAUCAUGUACACAAGCACAUAUAACCAAUAUUCGUACUCUAUGCACCAGAGCUGGCUUCAAAUACUAUUGUGAGUCAUUCCAAAUACUUUAUCUGUGUUUGAUUGAGCUUGCCUGGCUUAAUGGACCAAUAGAAUAGCACCAAAACUGCAGAUCUCGCCGAUUUGGCAUUCCAGGCAGGCUAGAGCAAACGCUCAAAGUAUUUUAAAGAUUUCACAUAGUAUUUGAACCCGACAUAACAUUUCUAACACUUUUCAGCACAAGAGCACACGCAAACACACACACAAACACCCCUCCAGGAUUCCUUUUACAAUGUGUCUCAUCUGUCUCUAUGAGUGUGCUCUUUGAUACAGGUGUUGCUGUGUGUGUGAGUGUGUUAUCUAGGUCUGUGUAAUCUGGGGUGCUGGAGGCAGCCAGCUCGCUGAGUCUUUCUUUAAAGAUACCACUGAAGCAUGUGGGGAAUCUCAAUGACAAGGUCUCUGUUCUGUUAGAGCCUUUUUAUGGCGCAAAUGUUUGUGAGUGUCUCCCACAAAACAAAUACUCUCCAGGCCUUUUAGAGGAACAGAAGUUGCCUUUGUCAUCAUGUUGUUGUUGUUGUUGUUUGUGGAGUGUGGUGGGCAUUUGUGUGUCCUCCUAUCUCUGAAGCGUAGUUCCAUUUGACAAAGAGACUAAUCUUCUGUGACAAUUGCCAGACUGAAUGUUGGUGUGGUAAACCCUGCUGCUAAUAGAAGAUGUGUAAUCACCCAGACAGACCUGAGAACAGCCUGGUGAAGCCUGUGAAGUCUAAUCUAUCUAUAGCUGAAUGCCUCUGGCUGCCUCUGAUUCCCUGCUCAUGUAUUUGGGAUUCAACAGUGUUCCUUUGAAAGGUUUCAUGCUUUGAGAUCGUGAGCUGGGAUAAAGUAGAGCUCAGGCUCACACGGACCACUGGAGGAAGAUGCCGUUAUUUACACUCAUCAUGCAUUGUGUUGUCGGAAUAGCACAUCUCAAUCAAAGGAAGCUGUAUGUGGAUUGGUUGUUUGUUUGUUUGUUUGUUUGUCGGUCUGGCUGUCUGUCGGUCGGUCUGUCGGUCAGUCUGUCGGUCUGUCACUCUGUCUGCCUUUCUCAGGCGUAUUUUGUCUCUUUCUCUGUCUUUCAGUUUCUGUCUCUCUGCCUGCCUACCUGUCUCUCUCUUUGUUACCCGUCUGUCUGUCUCGGUAUCUAACCUGUCUGUCUCUCUGUCUCUGUCUCUAACCUGUCUAUUUCCCUGUCUCUGUAGGCCCUAUCUAACCUGUCUGUCUCUGUCUGUCCGUGUGUCUAACCUGUCUGUCUCUUUGUCUCUGUGUAGAGGAGGACCAAGAGACCUCGGGGGAUUUUGGCAGCGGGGGCGGCGUCCUUCUCCUUGAUGACCAGGAGGAGGAGCCACCUCGGAGUGGGAGGAGCCGGCAGAAGCAGAGGCGGGGCCGGAUCCAUCCCAGAGGGGCCAUUGAGGAUGACGAGGACGAGGAAGAUGACAAAGAUGACGAGAUUGGCUACGUCUGGUAG